AUGAUCUCCUCCUGCUGGUCACCUCCCUGGCAUCACGUGCUCGUUAACAUUCCAACCUUCUUCGAAAGUUACGUUCUGCCCGAGUUGCAAAAUCCUGCAGUUGAUCAGCUGUCGGUGAUCAAGGCCGAAUGCCUGCGUUACACCAUCCCCUUCCGCCGUCUCCUGCCCUCCACCACCAUACCCGUCCCGGUGAAUCUAGUGCCAAACUUCCUGGCCGCGGCCUCGCCCGUGGUGCACAACUACGCCGCUGUGCUGCUGGAGAAGCUGCUUCUCAUGACUCUGCCUGACCAACCCGUUCUGACACCGCUUCUCUCCAAGAUGGACAUAUCUGCACCGGAAUAA